GCUGUUUGGUUCCUCAGUGUCCAGUGGACUAAGAUGAACUAUGCUUUAAAAUUUUUGGUAUCAUCAGGGAAAGGGGAUAGGGGUGCUGACGAGGGUGCCACGUACCUUUUUUGCUGGCCUUUGUCAUCGUUGCAACACGGUAGCUAUAAUAACCUGCGCGGCAAGUCUCAGGCCGCAUUCAAUCGAGCUGCCGUGUGAGUCACACCUACUGCGUGAGCGCUACAAUAUAGGUGUACCCUCUGUUAGUAAACUGUGCAUGAGAGGACAGCGAGCGAUUCGCGACACGCGCCGUGGGAGAAGGGGCUCCUCAUCAGGCCGGCAAUUCCAUGUCCGAAAGAUCGGCAUCAGUGACUGCAACUCCGUCUCUCCUAGGAGACCCAGCUAGCGACGUAACAGCAGGGAGUAGUUAACUCCAGCGUCAACAGUAGUCGCCGAGCCUUCAAUGAAUACGAGAUUAUCGAUUUCGGGGGUGCCGAGUUCGGGAAAAUUUGCGGAAGUGUGCAUUGU